CUAGUGUUCAAUAAACAUAUUGUCAUAAAAUCAAUAUAACAAUGAAAUUCUCAAGGAUUUUCUUCGUCUUUUUCGCUUGUGCAAUGCUAUUCUCCACAACAACAGCAGCACCAGAAAAUUUCUUUAAGGAACUAGAACGUGCUGGUCAAAGAAUUCGCGAUGCCAUCAUCAGCGCCGCCCCUGCUGUAGAAACAAUAGCACAAGCGCAGAAAAUCAUCAAAGGUGGUGGUGAUUAAGAAAAAGUAAUGUUAACUGCAAUCAUUGUUUAAGUUUAAUUAUAUUAUAAAAUGUCAAUUGUAUAUAAAAUGUUUCGAUAUAGGCUUCAGUUAAGUAUACUAUGUAAUAUUAUGCUUGUGUAUAAAGUGAU